CCGCCCGCCUGCCCCUGCCCGCUGCCUCCCGCGCUGGCCCGGCCUGCCCGGCCCGCCGGGUCCCCAGCUUCAUUGGCCCCUCAGGCUCCAGCACAGCAGCCGCCCGCCCGCCUCCCCCCGCCCGCUGCCUCCAGCGCUUGGCACUGCUCCCCGCUCGCCUCCCAGCCAGGCUCAGCCCCUUGCCACCCGCCUCACCAUGGCACUGGCACCCCACCACACCGCCUGCCCCGGCAGCAUCCCUGCCUGCCCCACGCCAUGGGGAACCCCCGUGCCUCAGUUUCCCCCCAGACAAGCUGCGCCCCCACAAGUCAGGCAUUCCCCCCAUAG